AUGGCUUCCACUCGAGAGGAGCGGCUGCAAAUGCGUCAACGCGGCGCUGCGACACGCAAGAUAAAAGAAGUUGAUUUUGGAUUUUCCUUUGGGUUGGCCCCUCCGAUCAAUGAAACAGUCCAACCCGCAUCACAGCCAUCCCUCCAGCCUCCUGCGCCCUCCCACAAGAACUCGGAGCCUGAAAAUACACAAUCACAGUCCUUGACGCCUCAGAAGGGGCUCAAGACAUCUCAAAGCCAAGGCAUCGUCUAUCGAUCGCCAGGUAGUUCGCGUAAUGACCUGCCGGAAAGACCGUCAUUGUUCGACAUCCCCCAGGACGAUCCACCGCUUUCCGAACGUAGCAGGAAGAGAAGAAAAAUCGAGCGUCCUAACGAGGCACUGAAAACGUCCCCUAACGGGUUGAACGGCGCGCGGAGAGAGAGAAGCGGUUCGAGACCCACACACAAUCAGAAUGCAGACAUUCCAAUGCUUCAAGAGACCGAUGCAUCGACAGAAAUCGCGAAGAUUACUACUGAACACGAGAGUAAAACGCCAAAGAGAGCUCCUAACAUCGUAACACCAACCGAGCAAGACGCCCAGGAACAACAACAUACGCAGGACACGGAGAGGGAGUCUCAAACAACACAAGAAGCUGGCGUCAAUGGCAUUCGGAAGGAUGGUCUCAAGGCUCAGGAGCAAGGAUCUCAAUCGGAAACUGGCCCUGAGGCCCCUGCAGCUCGAGAUACCCAGGAGCAAGAGCCUACGCAGGAAUCCGACAGGCAAGAGCAAGAAAUGCCUAAGGUGCCAUCAGAACCACCUCAACCAGAGGACAUUACCCUUCCUCUUCCCAGUGAGGUCCAGGGGCAGGGUCAAACACAGCGAACUGAACGAGAUUCGCCGGUGGUUCAGGAAUUAGAGGUUACAAAUAAAGAACAGGAGAUUCCUGUAGGCCACAAAGAAGCAACAUGGCCAAAAGAGCACAAUCUACCGCCCGAGGAACGCCCGGAAGACAAGCAUGGAAGGCUGAAAUUACAAGCUGAUAGGCAUACACCUGAUGGUGUCGUGGGAGUAGAGACCGUGGAAGGCACGACGAAAGAGCUAAACCAAUCGCUGGAAGAUCCACAAGGCCAGAAUGGUAUUGAAGGAGAAGAUCCUCCUCGGGAGAAGAGAAAAAGAGGCCGGCCUCCCGCUGCAGCGCGAAUGGCACGCGAUGAGGGCAAAGAUCAUGGAGAACAUCAGAAACAGACCGCGGAGGAGGUCAGAAAGGGCCCACUGUCAUCCCAGAGGCUUCCAAAUCGGCCAUUGAGAGGUCGUAAACCUCGGACACGGAAUGUCACCACAGAGUCAAGAUCGAACGAUAUCGAAAUCAAUGGCGGCCAACCUGAUCAAAAAGCGGAUUCUACCCUGCGCGACAGAGAAGAUAGCACGCCGCACCCUUCACCGCCGGAGAGACAAAAGCGCCGGAAAUUAUCUGCAGAUUCAAAUAAGCCAAUUCCCACUGACGAACAGGAAGUAAGAGAACCUGAAGCGUCCGCCGCACCGAAGCGCCCUCGUGGUCGACCAUCACUGUUGGGCAAAAUUUCCAAUCCAGAGCCAGUACCCCAGCCAGAGCAACCGGCGCAGCAAACCGACGAAGGGCCAGAGAGGCGAGAUAAAGGAAAGAAAUCAAGGCAGCCCCGUGGUGACACAGUUCCGGUUACUGUGCAUCGUCUUGCGAAUGUUGUUGCCCUUGAUUCUGCUGCCGAUUCCGCGGACUCAGCGCUCAGCGAUGAGGAGUCUGCAGACGAGCUCUCCACUCGACAGAAGACAAAGUUCGCUAACCGAGGUGGCGUCAAUCCGGCAGACGUCCUGAGCCAGGUCUGUCGUGAGACGCUGGAGAAGACCCUGACGACGCUCAAGGAUGGCAUUGCCAACGAGUCCAACACGGCGAGACGUUCCGAAUGGACAUUGAAAAUGAAGGCGGUGGAAGCGUAUGGCUCUGAGUUGGAGGGACGAUUAUUCGAAUUAAGCGAGAUGCUUGACAGUAACUUUAUCCUAAGCACGCAGUUGAGGAAAUCCAAACGAGAAAUGGCAGACCUGCGAAGCCGACUGCACCAGGUGCGCAAGGAAAGAGAAAGGAUGGCAUUACAGAUGGAUGCAGUGCGGAAGAAGCAUGCAGACGAGAAGGAUGCAAGAACGUCCCGCACCACUAUCAACAACACCCUCCAUAGUCUCGAACUUGUACUCGACCGUACCGCAGCAGACAGCAGCAACCCAGCUUCAACUUCCAGUUCCCAUACAGCGGCGGGUCUCGAAUUCCUCCUCCGCAGCCUCGCGGAAGACGUCAGUUCCAUCGCCCCGGGGUCUCGAGGCGGUCUUUUGAACCAGAUCAAGGCGUUCAAUGCACAGCUUGAAGCGACAGCGCGGAGGCUGGAAGAGUGAUGCGCAUGGCCCUCUUUUUCUUAAGUGGCAUAUUUCUUUUCUCUGGCUGGUUGUAUUGUUCGUUCUUGUUCUUAAUACCCCAAUGUUAUAUUUUUUUGUACACAACUGCAUUGUGUUUUGUCAUUUUAUUAUUUUGGUCUAUUGAAGAACAGGCAUGUAAUGCAGCCAGGUGGAUUGACUAGUCUAGGUCUACCUUAUUAUACAGAUGAGAUGAUGAUCAUGAUAUGAUGAAGUUCAAUUUGAAUAGGACAAGGCAUCUAUCUUCAAUGACAUACAAGCAAAGCGCCAAGAACUAAGCUUUCUCAAAGCCAUUAUGCUGCGGAGUGUUCACUACGAAGUUGGAAAAGCCAUUCCCAAGGUAUCAUAAUAAAUAUCAGUCUCAGCUACCAUUCGGCAUAGAAGUGAGCUGGCUCUUUCACAGCCGUACUUCUUCCAAGUCUGGUCUAUUAUGA